AUGGCCUCGCUAUUUCGAUCGUUCUUCGCAGUAGAAGAGGAGCUCACUCUAGCCCAGAAGCAAAUGUAUGCUUCCGAGAAGUUUGACAACUUUCGCCUCAUCUCACGGCUUUGCGCCACACGGUCUUCCUGUACCCUGUCGACGAAGGAUCUCGCAUCCGCCGCCCUCUACGUUGUCCUCACGGAAUUGGGCGAAUUCGCUUUCAUCGCAAACAGCAUACCUGACACGCACUUCUUAUUCGACAAUUUGGAGAUGCUUCUGCAGCCCAACUACCCCUUUGAAGGGUUCGAGGCAUUGCGGACUGCGAAGCUGUUGUUGGCUUUCCGAGGCACCGUCGCCUCCGUGCCUGUCGCCGUGAUUUAUCGUCCAGGGGCCAAGCAGCUGGUCGUCGGCUUUGGAGGCACGACCAAUAUCAUGCAGGUACUCUACGACAUAUAUCCAAUAAAGCGAGGACACCCUCUUGGGAACGGCUCCGUGCAUUCUGGCUUCUACGCCAUGUACGAAGGAUGCAAGGACCAAGUGAUCGAUUGCGUCAAGGAGAGCUUCGACGAGCAUGACGUCCAGGAGGUGGCAAUCGUCGGGCAUAGCAUGGGAGGCGCCAUGGCCUAUCUGCUCGCCAUCGACGUUCUUGCGGGACAAUGUCCGCUCCCAUCUGGGACCAAAUUGACGGUCGCUACUUUUGGGUGCCCCAGGCUCGGAGACGCCGCACUAUCUGAGUUUUGGCAGCAAUUACUCGCGCAGUACCAAGCCGCAAAUGGCGAAGCUUCUGUGAAGGACCUUUCCGUGAAAGGCCUGAAUGAUGGCGUGCCUUCUCUCCCGCCGGUCAGCUGGGGUUACAGGCAUCUCGCACGCACGCCGCUAUACUUCUAUCACGGCCGGUUGUUCCAAGUUCCGGCGGCCGAACGAGAGCACGGUGUCUUCACUGUGGACAAGGAAGCGUUGGACCAGACACGCAGGCCGGACCACCCGCGAGGAGGGCACAACUACUAUAACGGAAGGGACGCGGAGAAGGUCGUGCGGCGGGUGUACUGGCUGGAGCGCAUAAUGUCGAAGCACGCGGACGGGUGGCAGGAGAAGUAUCUUGCCAAGGUUGCUGAGUUGGAACAGGUGAAGUAG